CUUAGAAAGCUUGGGAAAGGUGCGUUCAGUGACGUUGUGUUGGCUGCGCGGUUAGAUCAAGAGGGAAACUUCAAUCCUAAUGACCGAGCACGGCUAGCUGCGGUCAAGAUUGUGCCAUUCGUUGCUGCUGCGGGUGCUAAUAAGGAGAGAAUUGAGAGUUCGGUACGACGAGAGCUGGAUAUACUCAGAGUGAUGAGACAUCCGAACCUCAUCAGGCUGCUGGGAUUCGACAUCUGCUCAAGAAAUGCGGACAUCGUCCUGAAUUAUUCACCUGGAGGAGACUUGUUUGAGCUGGCUUCGACAAGACGUGAGCUUUUAUCGCCCAAGUUUGUGAGAAGGUUGUUUGCGGAGAUGGUAAGGGCGGUGGAGUACCUGCACUCGAAGAACUUUGUGCAUCGAGAUUUGAAGUUGGAGAACGUUCUGUUGAAUCUGCUUCCGGAUGAGCUGGCGGAUAUCCAGUGGCCUGAUACUUUUCCAAGGCCGAUCACCACCCUGACUGACCUUGGGCUGUCACGAGCCAUCGAUCCUAACAACCCACUGCUUACUACGCGAUGUGGAAGUGAAGAUUAUGCGGCGCCGGAGUUGCUUAUGGGACAGCCUUACGAUGGGCGCCAGACUGAUGCAUGGGCUCUCGGUGUUAUUCUCUAUGCCAUCAUUGAGGGUCGACUACCAUUUGAUGCUGUGCCGGGCAUGGAACAGAAGAUGCGCGGUCGACCAAGUCAUCGUAUUGCUAGGGUGGAAUGGAGGUGGAUCCGGCUCGCUUCGAAGGAUGACCAAAAAGAUUACGAACCUGAAUGGGAGGGCGCAAAGGAUAUUGUGGAGGGGUUGCUAAGGAGGCGAGAUAAACGAUGGUCCAUGAAAGAGAUUGCGGAGCAUGACUGG